CUCUCUCUCUCUCACUCCCUGCGAAAAUAUGGAUUCUUUCACUUCUCCUGCGUCCAUGUUGACUCUUUCUGCUACUCUAUUGACUCAAAACAUGUUAGACGGCACCUUUUUGGUCUACGUGGUUAUGACAUUCAUGUGUCUCAGCCUAUUAACAUGGGUUGUCUCUCUGGGUGGCCCGGCCUGGAAGAAUGACAGGAACCGAAUGGGUUCGGUGCAAAUCCCGGGACCACGCGGCCUCCCUUUCUUUGGAAGCUUAUUCAGCUUGAGUCACGGCUUGGCUCACCGUACUCUGGCACACAUGGCUAGAACUCAUGACGCUAUGAAACUCAUGGCUUUCAGCUUGGGCGGUUCUGCUCCUGUCGUUGUGACGUCUGACCCACACCUUGCUAAAGAAAUCCUGGCUUCCCCUCACUUCGCUGACCGUCCGAUCAAACAGUCGGCUGAGAACCUCAUGUUUAGUCGAGCCAUAGGGUUUGCUCCAAAUGGGGCUUAUUGGAGACUCCUUAGAAGGAUUGCGUCUACCCACCUUUUUUCCCCAAAACGGAUAGCGGCUCAUGAAGCCGGACGCCAGCUCGACUGCUCAGUCAUGUUAAAAGCCGUGGGUAACGAGCAGGCACUACAUGGAGCCGUGGCUCUGAGAAAGCACUUACAAGCCGCGGCUCUUAAUAACAUUAUGUGGACCGUGUUUGGGAAAAGGUACGAUGACGUCACGACAGAAACGCAGUACGAUGAGCGUGUUGAGUUGCAUGAGCUUGUUCGAGAAGGUUUUGAACUUUUGGGUGCAUUUAAUUGGUCUGACUAUCUUCCUUGGUUAAAUUACUUUUAUGACCCUUUUCGUAUUAAUCGACGUUGUUUGGACCUCGUGCCACGUGUUAAGCGACUCGUCAACAGUAUCAUCCAGGAACAUAGGAAUACUAGGUUUAUUAUGAAUUAUUUGUCUGAUAAUUCUGAUUUUGUUGAUGUUCUGCUUUCUUUGGAGGGAGAAGAGAAGCUUGGAGAUGAUGACAUGGUCGCUGUUUUAUGGGAGAUGAUAUUUCGUGGGACUGAUACGACGGCGCUUUUGACCGAGUGGGUGAUGGCCGAGUUGGUUUUGAACUCGGACAUACAAGCCAAGCUUCAUCAGGAACUUGACCUUGUAGUGGGAAACAAGAGUGUCACGGACGCUGACGUGGCAAAACUGCCGUACCUUCAAGCAGUGAUCAAGGAGACACUACGAUUGCACCCACCGGGCCCCCUCCUGUCAUGGGCGAGGCUGUCCACGUCGGAUGUCCAGCUCAGCAACGGCAUGGUGGUCCCCGCCAACACGACUGCAAUGGUCAACAUGUGGGCCAUAACCCAUGACGGAGGCGUGUGGGAAGAUCCGUUGGUGUUCAAGCCAGAGAGGUUUAUGGCAAGUCAUGGUGGUGCUGAUGUGGACGUGAGGGGUGGAGAUCUGAGGCUUGCACCGUUUGGGGCUGGACGUAGGGUUUGUCCUGGUAAGAAUUUGGGGCUGGUGACUGUGAGCCUCUGGGUGGCUAAGUUGGUGCAAUAUUUUGAGUGGGUUCAAGACAUGGCUAACCCGGUUGACCUAAGUGAGGUGCUGAAACUGUCUUGUGAGAUGAAGUAUCCUCUCACUGUUGCUGCCAUUCCAAGAAACAUUGGUGCUCAGCCUUUCUGAAGUAUUUUAAUCUAUGUUUUCAUUUAACUAUCUAUAAUAUGUGUGUGUACUCAAGUCUACGUUUCUAAUUAUUGAUAAUGAAAUAUAUAACUAAUGAAUAAUAAUAUUUCAUGGUACGUACAUGCUCGA